AUGGCGGAAAAGAUAGAGCAGUUCUCGAAUAUUCAUGAGCCUCAGCACAAGCCACAGCUCCUCAAAGCUAGUCCUGGAGAUUUCAUGCGACCUGCUUCCCGGACACGAGCAAGUCACAGCCCACAAGCUAAUGGCAUUGGCGUCCAGGUCGAAGAUACGAAGAUAUGUGUUGUCAUGGUGGGGCUUCCGGCAAGAGGAAAGAGUCUGAUUGCGCAGAAAGUCGUCCGUUAUCUCGAAUGGCUCAGCAUAACUGCGAAGUGCUUCAACGUUGGCAACUAUCGACGCGCUGGCACCCCGCAACCGAAUGCGUCGUUCUUUGAUACUAGUAAUAAGGAGGGCGAGCAGCUUCGGAAAGCCGCAGCGGAGGCCGCUGUGACUGAUAUGUGCAAAUGGUUCAAAACCACGGAUAACCUGAUCGCUAUCCUGGAUGCAACCAACAGCACAAAGACCCGAAGACGCUGGAUCAAAGAAAGAUGCGACGCCGAGAACAUUGAGACGAUCUUCGUAGAAAGCAAGUGUGACGACGAGGACCUUAUCAUGAGCAACAUCCUUGAAGUGAAGACCACCAGCCCUGAUUACAAAGGCAUGGAUCCAGAGGAGGCGGCGCGAGAUUUUCGAAAUCGCAUCAAGAUGUAUGAGAAGGUGUACGAGACACUCGAUGAGGACGAAGCAGAUCUCACAUAUUGCAAGAUCAUCGACGUCGGCUCGAAAGUGAUCAUCAACAGAAUCCAGGAUUAUUUGCAAUCCAGAGUAGUUUAUUACCUCAUGAACCUACACAUCAAGCCACGCUCCAUCUGGAUCAGUCGUCAUGGUGAGUCUGAAUUCAAUCUUUCCGGUCAGAUAGGCGGCGACGCCAAUCUAUCUUCACGGGGCCAAAUGUACGCCAAAGUGCUGCCGGACCUGGUCAAACAGUCUGCAGGCGACGCGCCGCUCACCGUGUGGACAUCCACCUUGAAGCGAACGGCACAAACAGCACGCUGGCUGCCGUACGAAAAGCUCAGUUGGAAAGCCCUGGACGAGCUGGACUCAGGUGUAUGUGACGGCUUGACCUACGCGGAGAUUGAACAGCAAUAUCCAGAAGAUUUCAAAGCUCGAGAUGAGGAUAAGUACAAUUAUCGCUACCUCGGAGGCGAAAGCUACCGCGACGUGGUCAUCCGUCUAGAGCCCAUCAUCAUGGAGCUGGAGCGCUCCGAGAACAUCCUCAUCGUCACCCAUCAAGCGGUACUGCGCUGCAUCUACGCCUACUUCAUGGGUUCAUCGCAGAAGAAGAGUCCCUGGAUGGAGGUCCCUCUGCAUUGCCUCAUUAAAUUGACGCCUCGAGCAUACUCCACCCAGGAGGAGCGGCUACAUGCCGAUGUUCCGGCUGUCAGCACAUUCCGGGAAAAGGGUAGCGCUGCUGUGCAUCAGGACUCCGGCGAAGCUAGUACACGUCCGUCUCCUGUCAUCAGUGGUCAGACGAAGGGAUAG